GAGGUGUUUGGCAGGAUCAUGGUCGAGUACGAUUACCCGGAGUGCACGACGGCGGUCAUCAUGGGGCUGCACCUGUUCCAGAAGUACUACCCGGAUUAUCGGGCGCAGGAGAUUCGGCGGUUCAAGGACAGAGCGAUAGUGUAUAUCCGGCGAGCCCAGCGCAAGGAUGGCUCCUGGUACGGCGCCUGGGGCAUCUGCUUCACGUACGCCACGUGGUUCGCUCUCGAGAGUCUGGCGUGUGCGGGGGAGACGUACGCGAAUAGCGAGAGGGUGAGACGGGCGUGCGGUUUCCCGCUGAGUAAACAGAUGGAGGAUGGAGGGUGGGGGGAG